GAGGCGGUUCGCCGGCUGGAGGCGUCCGCCAGUGACAUCUCAUCGGGGGAAGGAGGGCUUUGAUUUGGCCCCUUCUCUGCCUGCCUCCCUCCUCCUCCUCCUCCCCCCUCCCUUCUGCUAUUUUGGGAGGGGGCGGCUGCAAACAAAAAAAAAUUAAACCCCACCAAAAAAAAAAAAGCCAACAAAAAGGGACGGCGCUUGAUUUAUAACAGAACGCCCCAUCUCUCUCCCUUGUCCCUGCUCUUUAACUCGCCGUCCCUCCAGGGGCAAAACAAUCCGAGAUCAGGACGCGUCGUGGUUUUUGUGUGUGUGUAUGUGUGAGUGUGGGGUGUGUGUGUGCGCGCCCCCCUUUCCACGUUUCUCUGAAAUCGACGCCCCAAGGGGGAGCAAUCGGAAGAAGAUCGAGAUCGCGCAUCACGCAUCCGAUCGCCUCGUGUUUCCGAAUACCUGAGGGGGCUCAAGCCCUGCCGUCCUGGCGGCGGGAUGGAUUAGGGAUCCCUGAAUGGAGGAACCCGACGGGGCUGGAUCGCAGAAGGCCUGCUGUUGUGUCCUCCACUCUGGGAUGACCAGAGUGGCUCCAGGUUGCUGACAGCUCCAGCAUCGAGUGCAGCAUGGCCCGGCUCAUCCAUGCCCUCUGGAGUCUCUGCAUCACCACUGUCCUUGUCACCUCAGCCACCCAAGCAGGUCUAAGCCGUGCUGGCUUACCCUUUGGUCUGGUUCGGCGGGAACUGGCAUGUGAGGGCUACCCCAUUGAGCUGCGCUGCCCAGGCAGUGAUGUUAUCAUGGUGGAAAAUGCCAACUAUGGGCGUACGGACGACAAGAUCUGUGAUGCUGAUCCCUUCCAGAUGGAGAAUGUCCAGUGCUAUCUUCCAGAUGCCUUCAAAAUCAUGUCCCAAAGGUGCAAUAAUCGGACACAGUGUGUCGUAGUGGCUGGCUCAGAUGCUUUUCCAGACCCUUGCCCUGGCACCUACAAGUACCUGGAGGUCCAGUAUGACUGUGUCCCCUACAUAGAAGUGGAACAGAAAGUAUUCGUUUGCCCGGGGACACUGCACAAGAUCCUGGAACCUACCUCGGCCCAUGAAUCAGAGCACCAGUCUGGAGCCUGGUGCAAGGACCCUCUGCAAGCCGGAGACAGAAUAUACGUCAUGCCAUGGAUCCCAUACCGGACAGACACACUGACAGAGUAUGCCUCGUGGGAGGAUUAUGUGGGUGCCCGGCACACCACCACUUACCGCCUGCCCAACAGGGUUGACGGCACAGGUUUUGUGGUAUAUGAUGGAGCAGUCUUCUACAACAAGGAGCGGACACGCAACAUUAUCAAGUAUGAUCUGCGGACGCGCAUUAAGAGUGGAGAGACAGUCAUCAACACAGCCAACUACCAUGACACCUCACCCUACCGUUGGGGUGGCAAGACUGACAUUGACCUGGCAGUGGAUGAAAAUGGGCUUUGGGUCAUCUAUGCCACUGAAGGCAACAAUGGCCGGUUAGUGGUGAGCCAGCUGAAUCCUUACACGCUACGCUUUGAGGGCACGUGGGAGACCGGCUAUGACAAACGCUCAGCAUCCAAUGCCUUCAUGGUGUGCGGAGUCCUCUAUGUGGUGCGGACAGUUUACGUGGACGAUGACAGUGAAGCAGCUGGUAACCGUGUUGACUAUGCGUUCAACACCAAUAUGAACCGGGAGGAACCCAUCUCGUUGACCUUCCCAAACCCCUACCAGUUCAUCUCCUCCAUUGACUACAACCCCCGUGACAACCAACUUUAUGUGUGGAACAACUACUUUGUCCUGCGCUACUCACUUGAGUUUGGCCCACCUGACCCAAGUACUGGCCCUGUCACCUCGACACCCCUCAGCACUACAACCACCGUUCGUCCCACCACCAUCACCAGCACAGUCUCACCUGCCGCUACAACAACAACACGGCAGGUGCCCCUCACCACCCACCCCAUAGGUGCCAUAAACCAGAAGGGUACAGAGCUUCACCCAGUCACCGCCAUAAUGCCCAGCACCCGCCGUCCACCAGCAAACAAUCAGCACGUCUCUCCAGAGCUCUUCUGCGAGGCCAAGGAGGUGCGGCGUGUCCAGUGGCCAGCCACACAGCAAGGCAUGCUGGUCGAAAGGCCUUGCCCUAAGGGCACACGAGGUAUUGCUUCGUUCCAGUGUCUUGCUUCGGAGGGAAACUGGAACCCACGGGGGCCUGAUCUCAGCAACUGCACAAGUCCUUGGGUCAACCAAGUGGCACAGAAGAUCAAGAGUGGAGAGAAUGCAGCCAAUAUUGCCAGUGAGCUAGCCCGGCAUACGCGUGGUGCCAUCUACGCCGGAGAUGUCAGCUCCUCUGUCAAACUAAUGGAGCAGCUCCUGGACAUUCUGGAUGCACAACUUCAAGCGCUGCGCCCUAUUGAGAGAGAGUCAGCUGGCAAGAACUACAACAAGAUGCACAAGAGAGAAAGGACAUGUAAGGACUAUAUUAAGGCUGUGGUGGAGACGGUGGACAACCUGCUGCGACCUGAAGCUCUAGAGUCAUGGAAGGACAUGAAUGCCACAGAGCAAGUGCACACAGCCACAAUGCUGCUUGACAUCCUGGAGGAGGGAGCCUUCCUACUGGCUGACAAUGUCAAAGAGCCAGCCCGUUUUGUCACUGCCAAGACUAAUGUGGUGCUGGAGGUGUCAGUGUUGAAUACAGAGGGGCAAGUGCCAGAUAUUGUUUUCCCACAUGAAUAUACCACCAAGAAUUCCAUCCAACUGUCAGCCAACACUAUCAAGCAAAACAGUCGUAAUGGGGUGGUCAAGGUUGUCUUCAUUCUCUACAAAAAUUUGGGGUUUUUCCUCUCUACUGAGAAUGCCACCAUCAAGCUGGGUAGUGAGGUUGGUUCAAUUAGCCCCUCGCUUGUUGUCAACUCACAAGUUAUUGCUGCCUCCAUCAACAAGGAAUCUAGCCGCGUCUUCCUGAUGGACCCCGUCAUCUUUACCCUCUCCCACCUGGAGGAAAAGAACCACUUCAAUGCCAAUUGCUCUUUCUGGAACUACUCAGAGCGCUCCAUGAUGGGUUACUGGUCCACGCAGGGCUGUCGGCUGGUGGAGACCAACACGACCCACACCACCUGUGCAUGCAGCCAUCUCACCAACUUUGCUGUGCUCAUGGCACACCGUGAAAUUUACCAGGGCCGCAUCAAUGGGCUGCUGUUGUCUGUCAUCACGUGGGUGGGCAUUGUGAUUUCCCUGGUCUGCUUGGCCAUUUGCAUCUCCACUUUCUGCUUCCUGCGUGGGCUGCAGACUGACCGCAACACCAUCCACAAGAACCUCUGCAUAAACCUCUUCAUCACUGAACUCCUCUUUCUCAUCGGCAUUGAUAAGACACAGUAUGAGAUUGCCUGCCCCAUCUUUGCAGGGCUGCUGCACUACUUCUUCCUGGCAGCGUUCUCCUGGAUGUGCCUGGAAGCCAUCCACCUUUACCUCAUGCUGGUUGAGGUUUUUGAAAGCGAAUACUCCCGCAAGAAGUACUACUACUUGGGGGGCUAUUGCUUCCCUGCCCUGGUUGUGGGUAUUGCUGCCGCCAUUGACUACCGCAGUUAUGGCACCGAGAAAGCAUGUUGGCUUCGAGUUGAUAACUACUUCAUCUGGACCUUCAUUGGGCCUGUCUCUUCUGUCAUUGUGAUCAACCUGGUGUUCCUCAUGAUCACUCUGCACAAGAUGAUCCGCAACACGUCGGUCCUCAAGCCUGACUCCAGCCGACUGGACAACAUCAAGUCUUGGGCACUCGGGGCAAUCACUCUCCUUUUUCUCCUGGGCCUCACCUGGGCAUUUGGUCUCCUCUUCAUCAACAAGGAGUCUGUUGUCAUGGCCUAUCUCUUCACCACCUUCAAUGCUUUCCAGGGCAUGUUCAUCUUCGUGUUUCAUUGUGCACUGCAGAAAAAGGUUCACCGGGAAUUCAGCAAAUGCCUGCGACACGCAUCCUGUUGCCUACGGAGUCCGCCAGGGGCCACACUGGGCUCCCUCAAGACCUCAGCCAUCCGCAGCAACAACCGUUAUUACACUGGGACGCAGAGCCGAAUCCGGAGAAUGUGGAAUGAUACUGUAAGGAAGCAAACUGAGUCCAGCUUUAUGGCGGGUGAUCUCAACAGCACUCCCACCCUUAAUCGAGGCACAAUGGGGAACCACCUGCUGACCAACCCCGUGCUGCAGACACGGGGCGGGACCAGUCCUUACAACACACUCAUUGCUGAGUCCGUGGGCUUCAACCCUGCCUCCCCACCUGUCUUCAACUCCCCAGGGAGCUUCCGAGAGUCCAAGCACCCCCUGAACAACAGCCGAGACGCCUGUGGCAUGGACACCCUCCCGCUCAAUGGCAACUUCAAUAACAGCUACUCCCUCCGCAGUGGCGACUUCCCGACCGAUGGCACCAAGAUGGCCGACUGCCGACGCAACCUGAGUGACGCCGCCGCCUUUGAAAAAAUGAUCAUCUCCGAGUUGGUGCAUAACAACUUGAGAGGGGGAGGCAGUGGCGUGGUCAAGGGGGGCGGGGGUUCUGCUGAGACCUCCAACCCCCCUGGGCCCCCUCCCCCUCCCAACGUAGUUGCAGGGGGAGGGGGUACCAACAAUGAGGAUGACGCCAUUGUGCCUGACGCCCCUUCCUUGACCCAUGAGGAGAACAUGGAAAUUGAACUCAUGUAUAAGGCCUUAGAGGAGCCGCUCUUGCUUCAGAGGGCACAGUCCAUCCUCUACCAGAGUGACCUGGAGGAGUCGGAGAGCUGCACAGCUGACCUGACAGAGGGGGGCGAUGGCCAAGCCCCUUCCCCCAACAGGGACUCUUUAUACACCAGUAUGACCAACCUGAGGGACUCCCCAUACCCGGACAGCAGCCCUGAGGCAGUUGGGGAAGUGCUUCCUCAUGCCCAAGCCAUCAAUGAAAUCUACUAUACCAAUCGGCCAGCCUUGGUGCCGCGCAACCAGCUCCAGGCCUACUACCAAGUCCGGAGACCCAGCAAUGAUGGCUACUUGGUCCCAGGAAGCUUAGAAAACCCAGCAGUGGAGGGAGAUGGCCAAAUGCAGCUGGUGACCAGUCUCUGAGGGGCUGAGAAGGGACUGAGGGACCAUAACACCCCCCCCAAAAAAACCCCAAUGCGGCACUGUUGCCGUGACCUGAACAUUUUAAUUUUUUCCUGGAAGAAAGGGUGGGGAAGAAGAGAAUGGCACAGGGCUGGGGAAUGAAUGGAGGAGAGAAGGUGGAAGAAAGAGCUGAGUGAGGCAGAGGGCUUCUCCGAGGAGAAGGGAGGGGCAGCCAUUUUGUCCAUCUUUCCUUCCAUCCAAUUAGAUUUCCAGACAGAAAGUGGCACGUGGCCUAUCUGGUUAUGUCCGUUUUCCUUCUCCAGGCAAAUAAAUGCAGUGGAGGAAAGAGAGCUGAAUCUAGGCAAAAGGAUGAGACUUAUUUUGACAAUACCUUCUAGACAAUUGCGGGGGGGGGGGGAUGAUGAACCAAGAAAUUAGAGGGGGGGAGUUAAAAAGUUGACAUAAUAAUAUUUUUUUUAAAAUGUUACGAAAAUCCAAGCCAUGAGGGUUCCACAUGCAGAGACUGGGGCACCUGGGGAAAUGCCCUGCCCUGCUCCCUGGCUCAGAGCCUGCUCCCCACCCCUCGCCUCCCAUAGCUUAAGAGCACGAGGGACAAACAGGGCCAUGUGGCACUCGGCCUAGUCGGGGUUGAGAUUCAACCGUUGCCAAAAAA